GCAUGGUUCUAUGAACUGGCUCAUCGUACUGUAUUUUUAGUGCUACAUGUAAAAUUUAAAUUAUCGAUAUCAGCUGUUCUGUUCGCGCCGCCUUCUUUAAAAUCUCUGAAAAUGCGUCGCAGCCUGGCUCCCAGCCAACGAGGGGGACAAAGACUUUCGUCUCGAAAUGAUUUUACGCCACCACUGCUCAAGAAAAACAAACGUGCUUGCCAACAGGAUCUGGAACAGGAGCGACUUCGCCAGUCCGCGUUGCGGGAUGCCACCAACACAUCGGACUUACCACUGCCCAUACGUUUCACAGCCAAUACCGAGUAUGAGAUGGCCAUUGCCAAAGUGCUGGCUAGGAAAUUCAAGGUCCCCAUUGACAACUAUGUUCCGGACUACGGCGGGAAUCGUACUCUCGGCGUGCGUCGUCGCAUCGUGCGACGUCCCCUGCACGACCCUUUGGCCUGUAAUGCCUUGGUUCUGUACCAUGCACCCAACUACACGGACCACGAACGGAUGUCGAUGGAGCCUUCAUCAGUUCUGGUACAUGUCGUGGUGGAUCCCCUCCUGAGCAACAUUCUGCGUCCCCAUCAGCGCGAGGGAGUCCGCUUUAUGUACGAGUGUGUGGAGGGAAAGCGGGGAAACUUCAAUGGCUGCAUAAUGGCCGAUGAAAUGGGCCUGGGAAAGACCCUCCAGUGCGUGGCCCUGGUGUGGACCCUGCUGAAACAAAGCGCCGAAUGCAAGCCCACGAUCAACAAGUGCAUCAUUGUCUCGCCCUCGUCGCUGGUAAAGAACUGGGAGAAGGAAUUCACCAAAUGGCUACACGGCCGAAUGCACUGCCUGGCCAUGGAAGGAGGCUCCAAGGAGAAUACUGUGCGAGCCCUCGAACAGUUCUCCAUGAAUGCCUCCACGCGUCUCGGAACGCCUGUACUGCUCAUCAGCUACGAAACCUUCAGAAUCUACGCAGAGAUCCUCUGCAAGUAUGAGGUGGGCAUGGUCAUCUGCGACGAGGGCCAUCGGCUGAAGAACAGCGACAACCUCACCUACCAGGCCUUGAUGGGCCUCAAGACAAAGCGGCGCGUCCUGCUCUCUGGCACGCCCAUACAGAACGAUCUCACGGAGUACUUCAGUUUGGUUAACUUUGUCAAUCCGGAGAUGCUGGGCACGGCAGCGGACUUCAAGCGUAACUUUGAGAACUGCAUUCUGCGGGGACAGAACGCCGACUCCACGGACAAGGAACGAGAUCGGGCCUUAGAGAAAACCCAAGAGCUGAUCAAGCUUGUGGAUCAGUGCAUCAUCCGUCGCACCAACCAAAUACUCACCAAAUACCUGCCCGUCAAGUUUGAAAUGGUUAUCUGUGCCAAACUGACGCCCAUACAGCUACAGCUCUAUACGAAUUUUCUUAAAUCAGAUCAAGUUCGUCGCAGUUUAGCGGACUGCAAGGAGAAAGCAUCUCUCACGGCUUUGGCAGACAUCACAACCCUCAAGAAAUUGUGCAGCCACCCAAAUCUGAUCUGCGAAAAGAUUGCAGCAGGGGAAAAGGGCUUUGAGAACUCGCAGAAUAUACUGCCCAUCAAUUACAAUCCCAAAGGAGAGAUCAACCCAGAGCUGAGUGGAAAAUUCAAGCUACUCGACUUUAUGCUGGCCGCUAUACGAGCCCAUGGCAACGACAAGGUGGUCCUCAUUUCAAACUAUACACAGACUCUGGACCUUUUCGAGCAACUGGCACGGAAACGAAAGUAUGGAUUUGUGCGCCUAGACGGCACGAUGUCCAUCAAGAAGCGCUCGAAAGUUGUGGACAGAUUCAAUGACCCGGAGUCUGACUGUUUCCUCUUCAUGCUGAGCAGCAAGGCGGGGGGCUGUGGAUUGAAUUUGAUAGGAGCCAAUCGCCUGUUCAUGUUUGAUCCGGACUGGAAUCCGGCCAACGAUGAGCAGGCUAUGGCCAGAGUGUGGCGUGAUGGCCAGAAGAAGCCCUGUUACAUCUAUCGUCUUGUGGCGAGCGGUUCCAUUGAGGAGAAAAUUCUGCAGAGGCAGACCCACAAGAAAUCCCUGUCUAGCACGAUCAUUGACAACAAUGAGUCUGCCGAGAAGCAUUUCACGCGUGACGAUCUCAAGGAUUUGUUUAGUUUUGAUCCAGAUAUCCUGUCCGAUACGCACGACAAGCUCAAGUGCAAGCGCUGUGUUCAGAAUGUCCAAAUGAAGCCGCCACCGGAUGACACGGACUGCACCUCGCAUUUGUCACAGUGGUAUCAUUGCUCCAAUAAUCGUGGCCUGCCAGACAACAUACUCGCCCAAGCCUGGACGGACAGUAAAUGUGUCUCCUUUGUGUUUCAUCAUCGAUCUCAGUCUCAGAAAAUCGAAGCGACACCUGCGACGGAAACGUCAGUGGAGGCGAAGCUUGAGCCCGAACGGCGAAAGCGGCCAGCCAUGCCCCUGAGCGAUGACAGUGCGGAUGAGGACUUUCAAGGUUUCUAGCGAUUUUUUUACGUUUAUUUGUUUCUCUCAAUCAAACAUGAUUAAUGUUUGCUGUAGGCUAAACUUAACCCGAAAAUGUUUUCUUCCCCUCGUUCUUAACAAUUAAAUUAUUACAAUUACAAUAGUUUAACAUUAAAAAAAGUGGAACUGCCGCAAAAUUUAAACGUGCUAGGGAUAAACCAUCAGUCAGGAAAAUGUGUGUUGUUGUUUUGUUUAAAUACUGAUUCUUUUACAAUGCUACCAAUUAAAUGUACAUUUUGCGAGCACAGUA